GUGUGACAUUGAUUUCUUUAUCAUUAGAAUGGCCUCCUUUUGGUUUCUCUUACUCUUUAUCAUCAUGUCUUUCAUGGCAUCAUCACCUUUGCUAUCUUUAGCUUCUUCAUCUUCUCAGUUAAGUUCAGAUACCCCUACUAUUCCAGCUUCACCAGAAUCUAUGUCAGAUCCACCUAUGUCUCCUUUCCAAGAAUUGUCACCAGAUAUUGCUCCCCUUUUGCCAUCUCCUGGUGGAGUUGUGCCCACAACUGGCUCAUCCAUGCCCACCAUUCCUUCCAGCCCAAGUCCUCCAAACCCGGAUGACUCAAUGGCGGCAGGUCCCGGCUCUGCAUUUCCACCAUUUGGAUCAUUACCAGCUUCCGCCACGUCUCCUAGAAUAUCAGUUGGGUCUUUAAACUUAGCAGCUUUUUUGGUUGUGGUAGCAUAUUGCGUAUUGCAGCUUGUUAAAGUACUGUAAAUUAAUUUGUUGGUUAGAAAACUUCAGUCUUUGCUCAUCUUCAUUUUUUUUCACCUGUCAUAGUACAUGAUUACGAUGUAUCUAGCUAGCUAGCUACUCCUAAUACAGUUGUUUGCUUUUACGGCUCCUUUAAAGAGUUGUAUUAAUUGAAAUAA